AUGAAUUUAAAUGAUGAAGAAGAUGAUUUGUUUUUUAAUCAACAUUGCCUUGAAUUAGCUAAAUUAUUACGUACUGAACAAACAGAAGAUUUUCUUCAUCUAUACGAUAGUUUACCAUCAGAAUGGAAUGGGUCUCGACUUGAAAAAGCCAAAGAAAAUAUUCGUCAAUUACAAGAACUCGACAAUAACGAAUUUGAACUUAUUUAUCAACGUAUAUUUCAUAAUAAAGAAAAACAACAACAACAACAACAACAACAACAACAACAAGAAAAUCCUUCAAUUAUUCUUAUGUCACAAUCAUCAAUGAUUCAUAAUGAUGAAGAAACAAGACAUGAUAUAUCCUUAAAAAAUUCUUCAUCUAUAAAACGAAAUAAUGAUGAAACAAAUAUAAAAACACGACGUCUUCAAUCAAUAACUAAUAAUAAUUCACAUGUUAUGUUACAAAAUAAUUGUCAAACACGUACACCUGUUGAUUCGUUUGUUCAAUUAAAUCUUAAACCACCUAUUGAUAUUACAGUAGAAGAUUAUAAGAAAACAAAGGGUCCAAUGUCUACUACCAAAACCAGUAAUACCAAUAAUAGACUUACUGUAUCUCAAUUAACUGAUACGAAUCAAUCGAAUAUAAAACAAACAAAUGAACUUAAAAAAUCUAGAUCAUCUAUAAAAAAUAAAUCUCAUGAAGAAGCAAGUUUUGAUUAUUUUUCAAAAAUGAAUAAUGCUGAUGAUGAUGAUGAUGAUGAUAAUAGACAACAUUUACGUUCAUUAUCAUCAUCACCAAUAACAAUGAUAACGACAAAUCGACUUAUAACAUCAUCAAAUACAAAUAAAAAUGAUUUAUCAAUUAAUCAAACAUAUUUAAAAUCAAAAUCAUAUGAACAUAGUAAAUUAAUUCCUAAUAAUGAUUUUGAUUCUCAUGGUUCAUCAAUAGCAACAAAAUCAUCAUCAGAAAAUAGUGGAAGUACUCAAAAUGGUUCAGCAUCAGAUAGUGAUGAUGAACAUAGAAAACAAAUAUAUCCAUCAACAAAAAAAUCUUCUCUACUAUCAAAUACAAAAAUAUUACAUAAUGAUGAUACACCAACAAUAGUGUUAAAAAAAACCAGCGAUCAUCGAACUAGUCAACAUGAUCGUAUUUCAUCUUUACCUCAACAAGAUAGUUAUGAAUUGGUUCAAUUAAAUACUAAUGAUGAACAGACUGUAUGUGCUAGUCAAGUACCUCGCUUUAAACUACCUGCUAUUGAUGAUCCAAACGGCAUUAAUAAUUCAACUAACGAAAUUCUUUCUUAUACGGCACAAAGGUCUCAACAAAAUAAUUUGUUAUCAUCUAGUCAUCAAAAUCGAAAUCCCGAAUAUCAUGAGCAAUAUAAUACCAACCAUUCCAGUUCAUCACGUAAACCUACAAUUCGACCACCUAAAAAACGAAAACAAUCACAACAACAAGAAAUAAUUCGUACAGAAUUAAUACCAGGUCAUCGUGGUGAUCUUGACGUUGAUGAACUUGUUAUGUUUAUUGAUGGUAAUUCAACAACAAAACAAAAACAACGACAUAAUUCAGCACCAUUACGUCCAACAGAUACAAAUAAAUUUAAAACAAUAUCAUCAUUACCUGAUACAAAUAGUAAUAUAACAACAACAACAACAACAACAACAUCUCGAAGAAAAUCUCGUAAACCAAUUAAAAUUAUACAAGAACCAAUUAAUAAUAAUAAUGAAAAUAAAACAUCACAAAUUGAUGAAGAUAUACAAUCUAUUGAAUUUAUUGAUGAUGAUGCUGAUGAUACAACAACAAUAACAACAACACAUUCCAUCAAUAAUACAUAUAAUGAAAAAAAUACAACGAAUAUAUGUCUUCCAAAUGAUGAUGAAUCUCAUUCAAAUAUAGUCGAUAUUGAUACUACUAAUGAUUCUAAUACAACUAAUGGUGAGACAUCAUUACCCGAAUGGUUAGAACCUUUAAGUAGUACAUCUCCAGCAAAUACUAAUGAUAUUGAUUCAUUUUCAUUAUCAUCAACAACAAUAAAUAAUUUGAACAGUGAAAUUAUGUCUGAACCAUUUGUAACUGUAACACAUCGUCGUCGUUUUACAAAAGAACGUCGUCAAGAUAAUAAUUUAUUAUUAUCAUCAUCUUCAUUACGAUCAUCUCGUUUACCAUUAUCUUCAAAUAUAAAUGAUAAACGUCGUUUUCAAUCAUCAACAUUAACACAAAAUGGAAUUUUACGUCCAACAAUACGUAAUAGUCUUUCAAAUAUAAAACCAUUUAUUUCUACAACAACAACAACAAUAACAAAAGAAGAAAAUAUAAAUAGAAUUUCUUCAUCACCACCUCCAUCUUCACAAACAAUAUCUCAAAUAUCAGUACAACCAAUAACAACAUCAUCGUCACCACUACAACCACCACCACCACCACCAUCAUCAUCAUCAUCAUCCGUAUCAAAUCAUGUUAUUGAACAAUCAUCACCUCGUUUAUCAUCUCAUUCAUCAUCAUCAUCAUUACCAUCAUUAAUUAAACGACAAUCAAAACCUCCACCUGUAGUUUUUCUAAAUAAAUCUAUAGAUAUUGAAUUAAAUGAUGUUUCAUUUGGUUUUGAUGUUGAAAAUUCAAUAUCUGAUAAACCAGAAACACCAAUACAAUCACCUAUACCUAUUGAAAAAGAAAUUGAAAAUGAAUCUAAUAUAUUAUCAUCUUUACAAAUAAAUGAUUCAUCAAUAAAUUCAAAAUCAUCAUCUCGACGUUCCUAUCAACAACAACAACGAAAUAAUCGUGGAUUAUUAUUCUAUUCUGGUUCUGAUAUACGUCCACAACAACAACAACAACAACAACAACAACAUAGAAAUUAUUCAUCACAAUCAUCUUAUGUUGAUCCAUUACUUUUAUUACAAUAUAAUCAACAACGUUGUGCAGCUAAUUAUUCUCAACAAUUAGCUUAUAUGAAUUUAUUACGUACACAAUAUUUAUCAUCACAAUCUCAAUAUGUUCUUAUUCCAACAACAUAUCCAACACCACCACCACCACCAACAACAACAACGAAUGAUAUUGAACAAGAUGAAAAAAAUCCUGAUGAAGAAAUAAAUCAAACAUCUGAACAAAUUCAAGAACCAUUACUUGUUUAUGCAACAAUACCAACACAAACAGGACCAAUUUAUAUUCAACCAACAAAAAAAUCUUAUUAUGAUGUUGAACAAUUACAACAAACAUCUAUGUCAACAAUUUAUCCAACACAAUAUUUUUAUUCAACACAAACACAACAUAUUAUUCCAUCACAUACAGCUUAUUUUCAACCAAUAUCAUCACCAUCAUUAUUAAUUGAUACUAAAUCUCAACAAGAUAAUACUGAGGAUGAUGAUGAUGAUAAUAAUAAUAAUAAUAAUGAUAAUGAUUAUGAAAAAUCAACAAGAUUAUUUCAUCAAACACAACAACAACAAUCAUCAUCUCAUAUUAUGUCUAAUGCAUUACAACUUGUUUAUAGUCAAGAAAGACGAAAUGUACAAACAGAUCGUUUUAAUCUUGAUCAAUUAACUGCUUAUUUAGCGAUGAAAUGGACAGAUACUAUAAAUCAUUAUGAACAAGGUGAGAUUUGUUUUUUUUCGUUUGAAUUAUAA